AGUGAAGCAAAAACAUUAAAGCGGAAAGAAAGGGGUAAAACAAUAAUAGAAACAGGAGAGAAGCAGAAGUAGAAGUAGAAGUAAGUAGUAGAAGAAAGAAACCAAAGUACUUCUUCUUCUGCUCUCUUCUCAGAACUUGUUUUGUACUUUCUUCCUUCUUCUCUCUUGUUGUGAGCUCCCUACCCCAAUCUCCACUUUCUUUUCACUCCUUCUUCAGGUGUGAGCAUUGUUCUGCUUAUGAGAGGCAACUGUAGCUGGAAAGCUCAAGAUUUUUGUUGUUAGCUGUGGGCCUUUAUAUUUGUUUUUCGACUUUCAUGCGGCUAUACCUGUGGGGAUAUAGAAACAAUCAUGGGCUUACUCUGCAGCAGAAGUCGACAUCAUACUGAAGAUACUGAAGAGGAUACACAGGCUGCUGAGAUCGAAAGACGGAUACAGCAAGAAGCAAAGGCUGAAAAGCAUAUUCGGAAGCUUCUGCUACUUGGUGCUGGAGAAUCUGGAAAAUCUCAAUUUUUAAGCAGGCAAAUAAAACUCCUCUUUCAAACGGGAUUUGAUGAAGGGGAACUAAAAAGCUAUGUUCCAGUGAUCCAUGCCAAUGUCUACCAGACUAUAAAAUUAUUGCAUGAUGGAACAAAGGAGUUUGGUCAAAAUGAAACAGAUUCUGCAAAAUAUAUGUUAUCCUCUGAAAGUAUGGAAAUUGGGGAGAAGCUAUCUGAGAUUGGUGGUAGGUUAGACUAUCCACGUCUUACCAAGGACCUCGCUGAGGGAAUAGAAACACUAUGGAAGGAUCCUGCAAUCCAGGAAACAUGUUCUCGUGGUAAUGAAAUUCAAGUUCCUGAUUGUACGAAAUAUCUGAUGGAGAACUUGAAGAGACUAUCAGAUAUAAAUUAUAUUCCAACAAAGGAGGACAUUCUCUAUGCAAGAGUUCGUACAACUGGUGUCGUGGAAAUACAGUUCAGCCCUGUGGGAGAGAAUAAGAAAAGUGGUGAAGUCUACCGGUUAUUUGACGUGGGUGGACAGAGAAAUGAGAGGAGGAAAUGGAUUCAUCUGUUUGAAGGUGUAACUGCUGUGAUAUUUUGUGCUGCCAUCAGCGAGUACGACCAAACGCUCUUUGAGGACGAGCAGAAAAACAGGAUGAUGGAGACCAAGGAAUUAUUCGACUGGGUUCUGAAACAGCCCUGUUUCGAGAAAACAUCCUUCAUGCUGUUCUUGAACAAGUUUGACAUAUUUGAGAAGAAGGUUCUUGACGUUCCGUUGAACGUUUGCGAGUGGUUCAGAGAUUACCAACCAGUUUCAAGUGGGAAACAAGAGAUCGAGCAUGCAUACGAGUUUGUGAAGAAGAAGUUUGAGGAAUUAUAUUACCAGAACACGGCGCCGGAUAGAGUGGACAGGGUAUUCAAAAUCUACAGGACGACGGCUUUGGACCAGAAGCUUGUAAAGAAAACGUUCAAGCUUGUAGAUGAGACGCUAAGAAGGAGAAAUCUAUUGGAGGCUGGCCUUUUAUGACCUUAUUAUUAUUACCAUAUAACUCUCAAGUAAAUUACCUCUCCUUUUUUUAUAUAAGAAAAAAUUCAAAACCUGAAAUGACGACAUGUGUAAUUCAUCUGNAAA